AAGGUGGCCAUGGCUGUUGUGGGCAUUGCGGGGCGGAGUCCGUGACUGGGCCAUCCCCGGGCGAGUGCAGCUCCCGGCGCGGAGUUUCGGAGGAACCUCGCGGAGGAGGAAAAGCACCGCGAACCUUAGCACCGGGGACGGGCCCCUCCGUACACCCUCAGCGCGGCGGAAACCGCUACCGAUCCCGGCCGUCGUACGAGCAGAGCUCCGCGCCGGCAGGAAGUUCAUGCCAGGGCCAAAGAUGGCGCCCCCGCCCCCGAUAGGCCGAGAGGGCCCCGCGCAUCCGGCGCAGCUCGCGUAACGCCCGGCCGGGAAGGCGGUGGGCAGCGCCCCCGCCCGGCCUCGCUCCGCACCCUUGGCAGGGGCAGCGCCCGCCGCGGCCAUGGCGGCCUGGCCCACUGUUCCCCUCCUCAUCAACCUCGGCGGGUCGCUGCUGGGCUUCGCGGCCACGCUCACGCUGAUUCCGGCCUUCACGGACCACUUCCUCGCCGCGCGGCUCUUCGGGGAGGACCUCAACAAGACCUCAAGGCGGCCCGUCCCCGAAGCACAGGGCGUGAUCAGCGGUGCCGUGUUCCUGAUCAUCCUCUUCUGCUUCAUCCCCGUGCCCUUCCUGAGAUGUUUUGUGGAGGAGCAGUGCGCGGCCUUUCCUCACGACGAGUUCGUGGAGCUCAUCGGUUCGCUCCUUGCCAUCUGCUGCAUGAUUUUCCUGGGCUUUGCAGAUGAUGUUCUGAACCUGCGCUGGCGCCACAAGUUGCUUCUUCCUACCAUGGCUUCCCUCCCACUGCUCAUGGUUUACUUCACCAACUUUGGGAACACGACCAUUGUGGUGCCUAAGCCCUUCCGGGUGCUGCUGGGCAUGCACUUGGACCUGGGUAUCCUCUACUACGUGUACAUGGGUAUGCUAGCAGUGUUCUGCACUAAUGCCAUCAACAUUCUUGCUGGAAUUAAUGGAAUUGAAGCAGGACAGUCGCUGGUGAUAGCUGCUUCCAUUAUCAUAUUCAAUAUUGUAGAGCUAAACGGGGAUUAUCAAGAUGAUCACAUUUUUUCUCUCUACUUCAUGAUUCCCUUUUUUUUUACCACACUGGGCCUAUUUUACUACAACUGGUACCCAUCUCAAGUGUUUGUUGGGGAUACCUUCUGCUACUUUGCUGGCAUGACCUUUGCUGUGGUGGGGAUCUUGGGACACUUCAGCAAAACAAUGCUGCUUUUUUUCAUCCCACAAGUACUCAACUUCCUCUAUUCAUUGCCUCAACUCUUCCACGUCAUUCCUUGUCCCCGUCACCGGCUACCAAGGCUUAAUCCUAGUACAGGGAAGUUGGAGAUGAGCUACUCCAAAUUCAAAACUAAGCGCCUCUCUUCUCUGGGAACAAGCAUUCUGAAGGUCCUUGGCAGCAUGAUUGCAUUUUCGAUCCGGUACCAACUAGUGCGCUUGUUUUAUGAUGUCUGACUGGACUGCCAGGAGCGAGGGAAAGAGUUCUACCUGCCAGUCCAUUUUAUCCAGUUGCUUGACCAACUGAUGAUUCAACUGAUGUUGCUCCCACCCUCUGGGAACCUCAGAAUACCUGUCAAAACACAAGCAAUUGCUUUGCGUGGGCUAGUUUUGAACCGGGAUGUUCUUUGUGCACCAAAGGCUUUUGUCCAAUUCUGUGAUAGAAAAGAUUCACUGCUACUUGGACAUCAUUGUUACUAGGAAUACCUUUUAGAGGGGAAGCAAAUGGCGGCACUGAGGGAAAGUGGGAAAGGUGGAAUCUCUAUACAUCUAACAAUGACAUUACUGUUCACCAAGAGAGAAAACAGCAACUUUAAUUUCUGUGAGCAGAAUGAGUAAACCAGACUCCAUUCCUGGCUUCUCCAAUCCUGUUUUUGGUCCAUGGACAUAGAAUGACAUGUUAUAACCCGUACUCAAAACUCAGAGUGCUCCAAGAAUAAAAUAAUUCAUGGUACCCUUUCCCCUGCAGUGGUUUGCCUUGACAACACUGACAUGCAGUGAAACUAGGUUGUAUGAUCCAUCUCUAGCUUUCUACCCUGUUAGGCAUCUGAUCAUUUCUGCAGUGGACACUCCCUUUUUUUUUUUUAUGGCUACUGGGAAUGUUCCUGCUGAUGAGCUUUAAUUCUGAAUACCAUUAUUGUCUGCCUUCCUGCCUGGAAGAGGACAUGCCUGAAACAGACUAGCAGAGUAAGGAUCACCAUGUCCUUGUUUUAACAGGGCAUCAAUAAGAUCCUUUUAUUAAUGCGGAACUAAAACUGCUGACUGCCAGUCCCUUUUCUUCAAAUACAAAUAAUUAUUUAUAGAGCAGUAUU